GCAGGUCAAGUCCAGGCAGUGAAGCGACAGCUUUUUGAGAAGCUCACAGAGAACUAAAAACCAUGUCUGCUCGUCUGCUCUGCUUUGUUGUGCUGCUGGGAGUCUCUCACGCCUCCGAGCCCGCGGCUCCCCUGAUCCAGCUGGGGCCGCCGUCUCUGGGCUUCAGCUCCCCGGUGCGCUCCGCCUGUAAGCCCAUCCCCAGCAGCCUGUCCCUGUGCCAGGGCAUCGGCUACCGGCGCAUGUGGAUCCCCAACCUGCUCGGCCACGACUCCCUGAAGGAGGCGCAGCAGCAGUCGGCCGCCUGGCUGCCCCUCGUCUCCAAGCUGUGUCACGGCGACACCCAGAAGUUCCUGUGCUCCCUGUUCGCCCCGGUGUGCCUGCAGCCGGAGCUCAGCGCGCCCGUCAGCCCCUGCAGGAGCCUGUGCGAGGCCGUGCGGGACGGCUGCGUGCCCGUCAUGAGCGCCUUCGGCUUCCCCUGGCCCCAGAUGUUCAACUGCACGCGGUUCCCCCGCGGGACCGGCCUCUGUAUCCCGGCAACCGGGCAGCGCGAGGGGGGCACCGGGGAGGAGGAGGUCCGGGGCGAGGAGGCGCCGCAAGGUACUGUUAUCUGUGAUGCCUGUAGUCUGGCUGCUGAAGGAGAGACAGACAUCCAAGAAAACUUCUGUCACAGUCCUUAUGCUCUAAAGAUGCGUCUGAGCAGCGUGUCGACAGUGGGAAGUGACCGUCAGCUGGUGCCCCUGGCCCGUAGUCGCAUCCUGCGGUGGGCAGGGGGAGGCGCAGAGAAGGUAGAAGAGAUUGGAGGUGCAAUGGCCCAUGGUGCUUUAUGGCUUCAAGAGGGUGGCAGCUGUACUUGUCCUGGCUUGGACUCGGUAGAGACACACAAAGACCCUGCGUUAGAGGAGGAGCAGAUGGAUAAGAAAGCGGCUAAAGCAGUAGGGAAGGCGGGGGAUGUAGCCCAUGGUGGUUGGCUCCUGGCCCUGGCCCAGGCUGAGGAGGGACGGCUGGUGCUGACUCGUCUGGUGAGGUGGACCAGAGGGGACAAAGAGCUCAAGAGGUUCAUCAGAGCUCUUCUUAAACAGCCCUGUUCAGAGGUUUGAACGGCAACCCACCCCCCACUACAGGCCUCCGCAUGGAUGCGGCUUCAUGCAAUUUGUAACUGUGCUGCUAAAAGUAACACUUGUGUAGUGUAUGCAAAACCUAGUCGUGUUACCAGAGAUCCAGCGGGUAAUGCAUUUAAAACACAGUUUAUUAACAAACAACCAAUAGUUCCCCACUUACAGUAUAAAUCACCAAUAAGAGGUGCAAAAACAACAGAACAAAUCAUACAAUCCUCCCACAAAUUGUUACAAAAUGUGUUAUUACAUCAUGUUGAAUAAAAAAAAAUGUACAUAUCAUUUUACCAAAAAUUUCGAAAAAUAAUUUUUGUUUUUCAGAGAAUGAUUAAUUCUUUAUUAAAGAACAAACUCGCAAAGCUAGUAGUGUUUGUGUUUGCAACCUCCAGACACAUGGACAAAGAGGGUGAAGCAACUUCACAUCCAGUAAGGUUAUGACUGGGCUAAUUCUUACAAACAAGAAACAAAAUUCUACUCAUUAAUGAAAUGAUUCUGUAAACUAAAGAAUUGAAUGGUGCUGGUACCAGUUACCUUAGACUGAUACGUAAACCAAGUUAUGUAAAUACGUCACAAACUCAAAUGUUUUGUAGAGUCACUUUCAGCUUUGAUCACUGCGUGCAUUUUGAUCAUGUGGUCACAUGAAAUAGGUCCAUGACAUCAGUGAAUUAAAAACAAAUGUACUGAUGGAUAAAUGUGCUUGUUCUGAGUAUUCAGGUAAUCAUCUGACCACCUGACCUCAGAUUAUAACUGUUCACAGGCUUGCUGUCAUAGCCAUGAUAGGUGCAUCAAUUCACCCACUGGUCUUCUUACCUUGACCCUGGAAAAGGGUUCAUGUUGUCAUUUUGUGAUCGCUCCAAUGGUCCAAUCUUUUUGGGAGUUUUUUGUUUUACCAUUCUUUUUUGUUUUCAUUCAGUUCACUGAUAAAAUGUGUUUUUAAGGCUACAAAUCUAAUUAAAGCUGCAAGCAGCGAUGAACGGGCCCUCGCACUCACGUCCACCGCCCCCCAUAAGCAUAUCAGAAUGACACCACCCACGACUCUCUAUGUCAAACCAUUCAAAAGUUAUAGCAGAAAAAAGGAACAACCAAUCAGAAGAAGGGGCGGGGCUAAUUCAGGCCAAUGAAGGUCAAGGACUCAAAACCGAGUCCCAUGACACCACCCACGACUCUUUAUGUGAAACCAUUCAAAAGUUAUGGCAGAGAAAAGUAUUCUAGGGGGCGCUGUUGAGCCGUUAGGCCACGCCCAUUAAUGCAAACCAUUAAAUAUCAAAUUUAUCACCAGGCCUGGCUUGCAUGCAAAAUUUGGUGACUUUUGGAGAACUAUCAAAUAUGGACCAAUCAGAUGAAGGCAGGGAUUAAAGCAAAAAAAAAUCCCAGGACGGAAAGUUUUCAGACCCCCCCCCCCUUGCGAUUGAAAACGUAAAUUUAUAAUCCAUUCCUGAGAGUUCAUAUUUUGAUCCAGUGGCAAUAUCCGUGCUAGUAGAUACUUUUUAUGUAAUAAUGACAGGGGGUUCUAAACGAGGCACUGCACUACAGACUCGCUACAUAACUUUGAACAAAGCAUCUGAAAUUAAAAUGCAGAUAUACAAACUCACAGCGCGUCACAUUCGUAAUGCAACGUAGGCUUGUAGCUCCGCAGUGUUUACAUUGCGGCACACCGACAUGCAACGAGGUCUAGCGCUGAGUUAUGGUUCUGCGUUACACCAACGCAGACCCGGCGUAGGGUACGCGGCAGUACGCACCGUACGGCGCGCGUCGCCGCGUAACCUACGCUGAGGCCUACGGCGUCGAUUUAACGCGGAACCAUAAUUCAGGCUUCACAGCGCGACUCCACUGUCCGCCGGCGCGCGCCCGGCUCCUCGCCACGCCGACUCCGCGCUCAUAUAUUUAAUACAUUUAUGAAGCGGAAGCCCAUAUAUUUAUAAAGCCCCACCUGGCCGAGCCCUAACACUGAGGCCAUGGUAGAUUUAGGUUACACACGGACACGCGGCACUGUUGACUUUUUUUCCCUGCCGGCUCUGCUCACUGCCGCAACGUGUUGCCUCCAGUCAUUUCAAUGAGAAGCACACCGCACCGCAAAACACUGCAUUCAGCGCCGCACAGAAGCUUUUGAUUUCUGAAUGGAUAGAUACGUCGCUUAUUUUUUGAAUAUUAUGUUUUUCUUUUCUGGCCUGGUCCGUUGUUUGGGGAAUUUUUUUUUUUUUUCCCCCGUUCCGCGGAAUUUUUUUGCUGAGACCAAAAUCCGCGGAAGAUUCUGAUGCCUGUGCUUUACAUGCAGAAUAAAAUAACAAUCAAAAACACGUCGACGCAAACCACAUGCGUAGGCACGGUGUCGUUUUGACGCAGAACCAUAACUCAGCCUAGGCUGAGUUAUUAGGUGUCAGGUUACGUGCAUCUAAAACCAGAGGAGAACUUUACUGUGUGUGCACAGCCAACAGCUGAUUGACUGCAGUGGGCGCCGUUCGACAAGUCACCGCGGCGCUACAGACACCCCGGUGUUCAUAUUUUUUGUCGGAUUUGCGCUGAUCUCAUAAAAAAAUAUCCCAAAAAAAUCCCCAGGACGGAAAUCCGUACCAGGUACGGAGAACUUUAAUCCCUGUGAAGGGGACGAGCGCUUUUUUGCGUCUAGCGUCGCCACGGUAACACUUUUGAAAGAGAAAAGUAAUGUGCGUCGUCGCAGGACAGAGACGAAAAUUUUGAUGUAAAAAAAAAAUUUCGGCAUACAGCCGGUCUCGAACUCCGGACCUCCGGGACCAUAGACCGUAAUGCUCUGGUUGAGCUAAGACUCAUCUAUUACUUUUUCUUUGACUUACUGCAUUAGGAGAGACCAACAUAGCAUUAUAAUGUCUGGAACUUUUUUUCCUAAUUUUUUAAAUGUUUGUAAGGUAUAAAUAUUAGUAAAACACUACUAUUUUAUUUAUUACUCUUUCUGUAACCAUUCACCGUGGUUCUAACCGGGCUGAGCACGGGACUAUUUCUGACGUCACCACAUUACAACAGCUGAUCGGUCGGGAAGCGGGGCCGUCAUCACCCUACUCGCCACUGAUUGGUCGGGGGGCGGGGCCGUCAUCACCCUACUCGCCAGUGAUUGGACGGGGGGCGGGGCCGGCAGAAGUUUGAAUCAGGAAGCGGGAGUCAAACCAUUAAAAAGUUAUAGCAGAAAAAAGGGACAACCAAUCAGAAGAAGGGGCGGGGCUAAUUAAGGUCAACGAAGCUUAAGGACUCAUUACAGAGUCCCAUGACACCACCCACAACCUCCUAUGUCAAUCCAUUCAAAAGUUAUGGCAGAUAAAAGUAUUCUAGGGGGCGCUGUUGAGCCGUUAGGCCACGCCCAUUAAUGCAAACCAUGAAAUAUCAAAUUUAUCGCCAAGUCUGGCUUGCAUGCAAAAUUUGGUGACUUUUGGAGAACUAUCAAAUAUGGACCAAUCACAUGAAGGGGGGGCGCGCCUUUUGGCGUCUAGCGUCGCCACGGUAACACUUUUGAAAGAGAAAAGUAAUGCGUGUAGUCGCAGGAGGUAGACGCACAUUUUGAUGUAUAACACACCUGGGUGCACGUUACGGUUCGGGCUGAAUUAACUGCCGAAGGAAUGGCAUAAAUUUCGCCAAAAUGACACAAUUUAUUCAAAAUGGCCGACAUCCUGUUCGUUUUCGGCCAUGGCUCCAAGAGACUUUUCUUUAAGUUGUGCCAUGAUACAGGUGUGUAGCGAUUUUCGUGCAUGUACGUCAAACCGUAUUGUGGGGCUUGAGGCACAAAGUU